AAAUCUAGAUAAAAGUAAUGAACUCGUAUGUAGGUGUUUUGAUGGCGUCGGAAGUAACCAAGAACAAAGUAAGGAUCAACAGUCUACAAUUUUAAAGUGCAUCGAUUCUAGGAAAUGUUGUUGUCGAAAAUCUGACCUGAAAAAUACACAAAAUUUUGAUAUUACACCUACUGUAUUAGAACAAAACAAAAGUGAAAUAACACCUGAAGUGAAAAAAAAAUCAGAAGUUGAAAUUCCAAAGGAAAGCAAAUUAGAGUCGGACAUCAAUCAUAUUGUAAAAACGUCCUCAUUAUUUCCAAGUGACUGUGAAUACUGUAUUAAAUUUUUAGGUGUAACGUUGACAAAUGCAACUCCUAAUAAAGUUGUAGCCGAGAAAGAUAUUUGUCCAAACAAAGAUCAUUCAUUACCUCAAAAAAAAUGUCCCAAACGACGGAACAACCAACCCGAAGUAUGGUUCAAUAAUUUAGAUAUGAACACUAAUAAGAGUACACCCCCUGCUGUACAACCUACAUGUUCCAGUAGUGUCAAAGAUGAUGAAUUUAAGAACUUAUCAGGAGAUGUUGGUACAAAACAGCAUGGUGAUUAUUGCAAGAACAAAGACAAAUCUCUCGAUACGCAAAGUUUAAAAGACACCACUGAGAAAGAUAGUUGUGUAUGUUGCAAUGUAGCUAAAAUAGACGAAUCAAAAGAAUUAGAACUUAAUGCUUUCCAUUUGUUAGAAACACAUUUACGAGAAAAGUUAGAAGAAUUUAAAUUAUCUAAUUGUAAAUCUUGUUGCAUUCCACCUAAGGAGGAAGAAAAACUAUUUUCGGCAAUAUUACAAAGAGUCAAGCAAAUAAUUACUGAUAGUACUAGUGUCAUAGCUUGCAAAUGUGCUCCUAAAAUUCCAGCUGAGGGAAGCUGGCAUAGAGCUUACAUGUUAUUGCAAGAAUACUUAAAAAUUAAGAUCAAAAGAGUUCAAUGCUUAUGCCUGUCAACAGAAGAUGACAAACAGGCUGUGUUACCUAAUGUGAUGGAAAAAGUAUGUACGUUAAUAGAUAACGACUUUCAAAGAUUGAAAGCGAUAUGCAAGUGUAGAAUUAAAACAGAUGGUUUAGAUCAAAGUCCUAAUACUGAGUGUCCAGAAAAGGAUAACUGUCGGACUCUUGAAGAUCAAAUCGAUACAGCAGCUGACUUACAAAACACUGAAAAAAUUAAUAAAGAAGUAUCUAAUAGAUCACUAAUUUUAACUCAAAAUAUAUCUUCGCAAUCACCUAAUAUAGAAAUGGAAACUAAAUCAUGUGAUAUUAUAGAAAUGUUCAAUGAAAACAAUGGACCCCAUAAAACAAACACAUGUUGUGGAGUGACAAAGUUCAAUAACUGCUUUUGCGUAGAAUCUUCAAGAGUAGGUAAAUCGUACGUUGAAUUUGGAACCCAAGAAGUUUUGGUGAAUCAGUGUAUUAAUGUUCUACAAGAAGUCAAAGAAGUUUCUCUCCCAACUGAUUUGAAAACAGUCCAAUAUUCAGAUCAAGAAAAACGACAUGUUAUUAGUAAUAAUGAGCUACAUUCGGUACUUUCUCCUGAACUCGAUAAGAAACCAGACGUUCGGAAAUCUACUCCUUAUAUCGGUUAUACUGUAGAUUGUUCUUGUAACGGUGUAUUAGGAACCUGUACUUGUACGAAGUCUAUUAUUUCUGGAAAAAAUGAUAACAUUAACAGUAUUUGGAACACCUUAACAAGCAAUAAACUGCGUUAUAGUGAUAUUUCUUACAUAAUGGACGCUGUGCCAUAUAAAGGUUUAAACGAAGUUAAUGACCUCAAAAAUACGCAUCAUCCAAUUAUACCACAGCCGAUAACUAAGUUAACGUGUGAUACAAAAGUAAGUGCCCAAGAUUGCGAAGGAGUGAUUUUAAAAGAUUCAAAAAUGAAAUUGAAUAAAACUUUUCUCUCAACUACUACUUCAGGUACAGAUGUCAGUUUUGGCCAAGAUUUAAACUCUGAGGAACCCAUAGAUUGGUGCGACUGUAGUAGCAGUAUGAAACAAAAAACGCAAAAAAUAAAUAAUAUUAGUGAUAAUACAGGGGUCGAUUCUUUAUAUUAUCCCCUUCGUAAUGUAAUGAAUCAAGAUAAAAAUGAGAGUCUCGUGAAAUCUGAUCCAGUUGGAUCUUUGUCAUCGAAUUGUGAUUGCAAUAUGGUGCCUAUGUGUCAUGUAAAAAUGCUGGUAGAAAAUAUUGAGAAUAAGUUGAUGCAUUCCAAGUGCACGUGCGAUUCGUUGUGUUCAAAAAUUUGUCCCGUGCACUCUAAGAAACUUUAGAACUAUAUUAAUUUGUAGUAAAUUGUGUAAAGUAGAACGCUUCAAUAUUUUGUAUUUUAGAACUAAAAUCAGUGGUGAUAGAAGAAACCUAAUUUACAUAAUGUUUCAAAUUAUUUAAUAUUAAGCAACUGUUUACCUGUUCUGUUCCGUUUAUUUAUUUUAAUAUAAUUUUUAAAAAGUA